UAUAUAUAAAUGGUAUCAGGUAAUUUAAUGUGUUUUGCUUGGGAAGCAAAAGCAGAAUAAUGUAUAAGAAAUAUAUUGCAAUUGUUUUGUCCGUGCUGCUGUCAGCAGCUGAAGCUAACAGCGUUGCUUAUAAGGAGAAGCCAGCUCUUGAGUUGCUUCAGGAUGGGAAGAGCUGGGAAGGUUUAGGUUUGUCCGCAAAAGUGAAUGAUUAUGUGGACAAUACAAUAUCCAUGAUCGUGCCGUUCAUCGAGACCCAUGGACUUGACCCAAUGCCCCUGCCCGAUGUGGUUGAAGGUUUUGAAGUCAGGCCACUACUCAUCACAUACAGCGCGUGGUUGAAGAUUCAUAACGGCAGCAUGCGUGGUUUGGUGAAUGUGGCACGCUCGGGUGACCAAAACGUCUACUACUUUGCCAAAAUGUUGCGUGUGCGCCUUCGUUUGCAGUUCAGAAAUCUUGAAUUCGUGUACAGAUACUUGGUAAAAGUGAUGAACAUUGGACCAACUGGUGGUAUUGUUGGAUCUCUCAACCGCUUUGUAGUCACUGUGGACUUGCUCUUUGAUUUUAACAACGACGAAAUACAUCUCCAAGAAUUUUCACUAACAGACAUCGGACGUCUCAGAGUGCGCUUGACUGGCAACAUCCUGGUGGACUGGCUGGUGAAUCCUGUGAUAAACGUUUUCAUGAGAAUUUUCGAUAAUGUCAUCAUUCAUGCAGUCGCAUCAAAUAUCCGUUCUGCGAUAAAUUCUGCACUCGGUGUCAUUAAUUCUAAUGUGCAAGACAUUGUUCAGGCUUUGGAAGCAUUUAAUUAAAAAAAUAACGGAGCAAUGCUUAGCGGUAACAACAGCACUAGGUUCUGCAAUCUAAUGCUGUUACAAUACUGAUAAACAAUACUAUGACGUAUGAUACCCAAACUAGUUAUGUCCAUUCAAGAAACAAGCCACAGGAAGCGAUUCUAACAAUUCUUUUUUUAUUGUUAGUAUUAUUUAUGGAAAGUAAAUAUGUUCCUAUGCUUUUAAAAUGUCUAUUAGAAGAAGCACUACAAAACCCAGUAAUAAGUACUUACUUACUGUGAUUUUUAAUUCAAUGAAUUUAACAAUAAACGCAUAAGUACAUCCAUGC